AGAGAGCUAUAAAUGAGACAAAGCUUGAGACUUUUCGCAAAUAGACUUCGCAAUGGAAGCGUCGAUGGUAAAAUAUUCGAAUAUGCUUGCGUUCUUACUAAUAUUUACAUCAACUAUAACUGCACAAAGGAUAAAAUUGAAUACCGGUGAUGUUUGUGGUCCCUGUCAGGCGGAAGACUGCAGUUGCCAAGUAUGGUCCAAAUGUGAUAUCUUACAAAACUUGCCAGAUGCAAAUAUAACAUUUUGUAAUCGAGAAAAAGGUAUUGUAUGCUGCCCUGAAAACUAUCCUGAAAACUGUCCUGAAAACUGUCACCUAACAUCACCAGCUGAAGUUGCCUGUCACGAAUUCACAAAGCAUGCGCCAGCAAAAUGUCCACAGCCCUUUAUAGCCGGUGGCGAAUUGGCUGAAAUUGGUGAAUUUCCAUCCGCAGCUUUGAUAGGUAUUUUUAAUUCAACGUCUAAUGUAACUGAUUGGAUAUGUGGCGGAACGCUUAUCAGUGAACGCUUCGUUCUGACCGCAGGUCAUUGCAUUCUCAAUGGAGUACCGAAUAAAGUGCGACUUGGCGAUUUGGAUUAUAAUUCAACCCUUGAUGAUGUUGGACUUCAAGAGUUUUCCGUACUCAGUCUCAAAGUCCAUGACAAUUUUACAUUAGACCGCUACUUCGAUAUUAUGUUAUUGGAAUUGAAUGGCACCGUUACUUUCUCCAAAUAUGUUCUACCUGCCUGCCUACUCACUCCAUAUAUGAUGAAAUUCCAAACAGGAAAAUAUUGGGCCGUUGAUUGGGGCCGUAUUGAUGAUACCGAAGUUUUUUCAACACAGCUGCGACGAGUUGAAUUGAAGCAUCAAACGGUCUGUGAUAAGACUGCAAUUCAAAUGUAUGAUUUGCAACGGGGUCUGCUCGAGCCUAUACAAUUUUGCGCUGAUGGCAAAACCUACGAUACUUGCAAUGGCUACUCGGGUGGCCCAUUACUCAUACCAUUUCCCCAUAGCCAGGUGGAGUAUCGGUGUAUGUACAUGGUAGCCGGCAUAGUAUCAAAGGGCCAAGAGCAUUGUGGCCUUGUAGAUUUGCCUAUUAUAAAUACGAACGUUACAGCAUUUGUGAGAUUUAUUGAAAGUUUCGUUUGGCCUCAAAAUAUUAAUACAACAAUAAAUUGAACAAAUGCUAAUACAAUAAAAAGCAUAAAAGAAUAUAUAAGCUCGUGUGAGACAAUUGAAGUUGUACUAAAGUUUUUAUUUAUUUUUCCAAUACCUCAACAGCAAUAGCAAUUUUUGAGUACAUUUCUGGACAUAGAAUAUCUUUCCUCGGCCUAUUCCUAACUUAUUCUUAUUUUACAACGCAGUAGACACGGUCUCUAGCAAGAGAUGCGAUCAUAUUUUCAAAAACAUGGCACCAUACGUAGUGGAAUAAUAUAUAAAUUUUGUAAGCAGAUCGAAUAUAACCGAUGAACUGUACUUAUAGAUUAGCUCGGGCAAUAUGAAUUGCUCCCAGUGUCGGGCUUAUUAAAGCAUUCAAAUUUGAUCUAAAUAAUAAGACUGCACUUUGAUCGAAAAUAAAAAUUCAUUCAAAUAUUA